AAACCGACAGAGAACUAAAAAAGUACUUCACUAGUGUAUUAGGUUAGCCACAAACCUAAAGCGAACAGAGCAUGCUGAUAGUGUUUACUUAAGCGUGUGACUGUUAGAAGAAAAGAUCUCGGUUAAAUCAGCCGAGGCGACUUGCAGUAUUCGCAUGAUCUAAUAAACAAUGUAAACUGGAUGUUAUGUUGCUCACCGAUAAAGUAAACUAUAUAGGCGACUCGUUUAUGUUUUCUUUAAUGUCUAGAGAGUUUAUUUAUAAUUUUUAACAGUUUCAUUAAUAUAUACUACUUUGUGAUGAAAACGAGGCGAGGCGAAGCAGAUGCUCGGUAGACUGGGAGUCUGCAGCGUUUUCAAGAGACCUCCCAAGAAAGGUCUGUCUGACCAGAGGCCCAAAUAUAACAUGUAUGACCAGAAUGGUGGAACGGGAGGAAAUGGUAUGCCUAUAAGAUAUAUGGCUACUGGACCUUCAGGUGGAACCAUGAAUCACCAGCAUCAAGAUGAUCGCUCAGGGUCUACUACCUACAACCCCUUGACUCCCCAGUUAAGAGACCGAUACUAUGCUCCAGGCCAGGGGCCCAAAGAAGACCACCACACAUGGAACCCCCGCAUGGCCAGCCAUGAACUUCACAAUCGGGGAUCAGAGAAGCACAUCUCUACUAUUGAUGCAGAGAUAGACUCUCUUACAUGCAUGCUGGCUGACCUGGACAGUCACCCUCAGAGCACAAGCACACAGUUGUAUGACAAUGUGCCUUACAGCAAGCACCUCCCAAUCGAUCGCUAUAACCCUCCCAACCAGAUGGGGGCUCCACCAUCAAGCAGGCCCUCAAUGGGCUAUCAGCCUCCACUCCAAAACCAGUACCACCCCGCCCCACCUUACACCUCUACACCUCAGCCAGACUAUGUUUACUCCUCCGCUGCCUCUUCCGUCCACAAACCUUACCCCCAACCAGUGCCUGCCUCCUACACCACCGCCUCCACCCCAACCGGCCCACGCUUCUCCGUACAGGUGAAAACAGCUCAGCCCGUCACCUAUUCUCAGAGCGGACGGCAGGCAGAGCAAGCUUACACCCCUCCACCACCCCGCCAGCAUGCCUCUUGCCCCCCUCAGCAAGAACGACCACAUUAUGAGCCACGGGGACAGGGCUGGUACCCACCGCCACCUCCUCCUGUACAAGAACCUCAUGGAGAUCCUGCUGCUUAUAAGGGGGGAUCAGGUAAUAUGCCAGGAGGGAGAGCCGGCCAGGGACAACCAGUGAAGAAGAGUCAAGAUCAAGUGUCAGCAUAUCAAUCUAACAAGCAGGGGGCAGUACCACAUCCAGAGGAAGAGUUGGAUCGACUCACCAAGAAGUUGGUGUAUGAUAUGAAUCAUCCCCCUACUGAGGAAUAUUUUGGUCGAUGUGCUCGGUGUGGGGAUAAUGUUUUGGGAGACGGCAGUGGCUGUAUUGCCAUGGAGCAGGUGUUUCACGUGGAGUGUUUCACCUGUAUCACCUGUAAUGCGCGUCUGAGAGGCCAGCCCUUCUAUGCACUAGACAGGAAGAGCUACUGCGAGAGCUGCUACAUUAGCACACUUGAGUGCUGUUCGAAAUGCUCUGAGCCCAUCCUAGACCGGAUCCUGAGGGCGAUGGGAAAGGCUUACCACCCUCGCUGUUUCACAUGUGUGGUUUGUGGCUGUUGCCUGGAUGGAGUGCCUUUUACUGUGGACGCCACAUCUCAGAUCCACUGUAUUGAGGACUUUCACAGGAAGUUUGCCCCCCGCUGCUCAUUAUGUGGCCAGCCCAUAAUGCCAGAGCCUGGGCAGGAAGAAACGGUGAGGAUCGUUGCACUGGAUCGCAGUUUCCAUGUUAACUGCUACGUCUGUGAGGAUUGUGGUCUACUCCUCUCUUCAGAGGGCGAGGGAAGAGGCUGCUAUCCCCUGGACGGACACAUUCUCUGCAAGAGCUGCAGUGCCCGUCGCAUCCAAGAUCUUUCUGCCAAAAUCUCCACUGACUGCUAAUGCCCCCAUCCCAUCACUCUGUGACCCUUCUCUUCUUCAUAGUUAUACUUCAGAAUGUACCACUAUCUAAACAUCCACCGCCUGGCAUUUCUUCCAUCCUUGACUUUGCAUGUCGAUCGCACAAAUAAUAUGAAGACGUCCCUCUCAGGGUAGCAUAGAGCCGAGGAGAAAAAAAUAGUUCUAGUGUUUAGAGUAGUUCCACUGGAAAGCCUUUUCCUCAAGAAUAUAGAAAAACAGGUGUUGAAUGAAAUAUGAUGGUGUUUGUGUAUAAUCCUCAGCGUAUGUGUGUUUAUGCGAAAUGUGAGCCUCGUGAACAGGGUGCAUUUCUAC